GUAUUUGACACAAAGACAGUCCCAGUUAAUGGAUAGGCGGAAGAAUGCAGAAGAACUACUCAAAUGGAAGACCAUGCUGGACAAGGAAGAAUCUAGGGUAUUUAAACUGGAAAAACAAGCAUUGAAAGUAUGGGAUAAAAAAGACAAAGAUGUGAAGAAGGAGAAAGAACCAUCACAAAGUGCGGCCAAAAGUGAAACAGAAAAGCCGUCAAGUAAGAAGGAUAAUGGAACCACAAAAGAUUCUACAAUAAAAACAAUGUCAGUGUCUCAGGAUAGAGAUAGUACUGUAAUUUCUGAAACAAUAACAACUGCUCGUGAUGAAUCACUCUACACCAGCAUCAAGGAAGACAUAAAGACAGCCAGUCUCGAGAGUUCGCCAGAGGAGAUUCACCGACGAAUGAUGAAUGACAAGUCUAAUAUUAAGAAUCAUAACCGAAGUGGUAGCGAAAGCUCUGUUAUGGAGGAUAUUCAAUCAGUGUCUAGUGCUGAUGAUUCUAAAAAGAUGAAUGAUUCAAGUGAUGACACCAUGACGCACAGCUAUGGUAACGAGACCUUUGAUGACACAGCCACUGCAUCCAAAAAGACAAGCAAGAGUCAGACCACAUCCAAGUCUCCUCUUGAGAAACUAAAAAAAUACAGAGGCCUGUCCUCCCCUGGAAGGUCACCUAGGGGUUUGUUUAGUUCCAGAAGUCAUUCUCGAAACUCCGAGAGCGAGUCAGAAGAUUCAUUUUCGCUGAAUGAGUCGCAGUCCGAGUUGAGUGACUUUGAGGGCAGAAUACGGGCUUUGAAUGAAGAACUGAGAAAAAGGAAAACUGAGGCAGAUAAGUUAAAACGGGAGAGAAAGAAGAAAAAGAAGGAACUGAUGAAGAACAAAGAAGAAACUUUAAAGAAACAGAUUGAGGCAUAUGACAACCAGAUUGCUCAGUUAAAAGUUGACCUCAAAAAGGAGAUGAAUCACGAGCCUGCAAAAUCUACUGUCCGCCCACAGAUUAAACAGCCCAAAGUGAGCCCGUCCAAGACUAUCAAAACACCCACAAAACGUUUAGAUACUGACAGUAGUGGACCAGACUCUGCUCAAGUGUCACCAAACAUUCCUGAAGAUAAAGACCAGAAGCAAAUGUCACCAAAAACUCCUGUGACCCCAAGCAAAACAGCCAAAUCCCAUUUAGACAAGAUUUCCGAGGGUAGUGAAACACCCACAUCACGUUCAGAGAGAUCUGAUCUUUCAUACCAGGAGCGUAUUCAGAGCAUUAAAGAUAAAUUUAGUGGAGAGAUCUUGUCAGCUGUUGACGAUAAAACUGACGAGAUCGAAGAGGACAUUAUCUCUGCUGCCUCAGAAGCUUCAGAUGACAAGUCUAAGGAAAUUAAAAUCAAUCUCAGUACUAAAGAAGAUAUUUAUGAUGUGUCAGUGUCAUACACUGAUGACUUUGCUACUGAGCCAAACACUAUGACUCAUCAUGAGAAACUGCCACUAAGUGCCAGAUCAGUUAGCCAGAUGUCUGAAGAUAUAGAAACAAAAACAGUACCUCAGUCUGCUAGAUCUAUUACUGAACAAAUAUCAGAACAAAUAUCUGAACAAAUUUCUGAGAAUCUGCCUUCAGAGUCAUUUAUUAAACAACUAGAUUUAAAGACUCAAGGGAAAGAUACUGAUGUAUUUGGUAAGGAGAAGGAUAAUGAUAGUGAAGGGGAUAUUUCUCAGAGGUCAUCGGUUGUUGAGUCAUCAAGACCCUCUAGUGGUAGGAGUGAGCGAUCUUCGGUGAUUUCAUAUCAGACUGAACACGAGUCUUCCGAAUCAGAGAAGUCUCCUGUAAUUCAGACGGAAGACAAAGUGCCAAAAUUUAAUGAUGAAGUUAGUGAACCAUCUUCAAAGAAGAAGCCAGGCUCUGGCCUGAUUUCAAAUGUAUUUGAUAUUGAUGAUUUACUUGGAACAGAUAAUGAGGAUACUCCUGUAGCAUCCCCUACAGCUACUCCAAGAGAAAUAUCGAAACAUGAGAGUUUAAGUGAAAAAAGUGACUUUUUUACCCCUCUUGCUGAUUUUGAAAUAGGAGAUGGAGUUUAUGUAACUGGGCCUAGUGGAAAGAAAGUGUCAGGAACAUUGCUUUUUAAGGGAAAUGUACAAUUUGCACCUGGUGUUUGGGCAGGUGUGGAAUUGGACCAUCCAGAGGGAAGGCAUAAUGGAAUUGAAGAUGGUGUGAGGUAUUUCACAUGCAGAGAAAAACAUGGUGUUAUUGUUCCAGCUCAUGAUGUGCAAGCAACUCCAGGGGAUGAAGAAGAGAAAGGGCCUUUACUGGAUAAUGUAGAUGUAAGAUCCAGUAUAGAAAGUGUACAGAGUGUUAAUACUGAAGAUGGUGACUUACUUAGAUUUAUUGCUGAGGCUGAUGAAAAUGUUCAGAUGUUUGAUGAAUCUCCUCAGGAAUCACCAAGAGAGGCAGACAAGGAACUUAAACCUGAGACAAAAUCCAGGAAGGAAAUUUUAGCAGAUAAAAUUACAAAUGACCUGUUUGAGUCAGUUGUUAGAGAAAAUGUUAACACAAUAAGUAAAAUUGCAGAUAAAAAACAAACAACAAAGAAGAAAGGUCCUCCAGUGGCACCUAAACCGGCAAAGCCUCAUCAUAUUGAAGAGGUACAGACCAAUGGAGACAUUGAUGACCUGGAAGAUUUCCUUCAGCAUUCCAACUCUGAACAAGGUCCAGAUGAAUUUCCUGCAGAGAGAAAUGAGCCAUCAAUUGAUGACCGCACAGACGUUGCUGUCAACAAUAUGAUGAAUGAUGCCAUUGAGCACAUGCUAACCAUUAGAAAAAAUAACCGCCAGUCACAAGAUGUGAACCAAUCUCGAGACAGUGGUAUCUUAGAAGUUGACGAGGAUCAGAAUGAGAGUCCCCCUUCACCUACCGAUGAAAUUCAGGGCGUACUAGACAAAGCAGAUGAUGAUAUGCACCUGGAUGCUCCACUCAGACCAGGCUCACCUGUGCCUGGCCUACAAUCUGAUAAGGAAAGUCAUAAGCCUGUGACAGAUAGUGGUUUGUUUGAGGGAGAUUUUGAAGAAGAGUUUUGGGUGCCAUCAAAUAAAUCAUCAACGAACUUCACCGGUGCUGAAAACGAUCUACGAUCAAAUGUUCCAAGAUCAGACCUGAAGAAGUUUGCAGAGGAGGUGUUUUACGCUGUGCCCCAUGAGGAGAAAGAAAUAGACUCUAUAGUUUCCAGUGCCGUAGAUGAAUUCUGGGAACAAAGACGGUAUGGCGAGCCAUUAACCGAUCUCCACCCUUCAGAAGCAUUUUAUACACAUGAAGAGAUUGGCUCAGAUUUGAUAAGUAACAGUAGACGUGUGUUCAAGAAACUAUUAUUUGAUUUAUCUGGAGAAAUUAUUAGAAACAUUUAUAAAGAGGAAGAAUAUGAUUCUCCUGUUGCUUGGCACAAACCAAAACGAAAAACUAACAAAUUUUAUAAAGGUGCUUCCCCUCCUACUACUAUAGAUGUGCUAAAACCUGUGGUUCAGGAAGCAGUUAUUGACAUAUUAGGUUUAAAUGGGGCCAAAAAAUCGUCGGAAAAGACUAAAUGGGGUAUUCGUAAAAAGAAGGAUCUUGUUGACACAAUUUUGGUGCAAGAAUUGCGUGAAGAAGAGCCUGAGUGGGUUAAUUAUGAUGACGAUGAAUUAGCAGUGAAAAUGCAACUAACUGAAACAAUAUUUAAUGAUUUAUUGACAGAUACUGUUCAGACAAUGAACAAAAUCUUUCGCAAGAAGCAAAGUUUGCAGCAGCAGACAUAGGCAGCUAUUUGAUCUGGAUUAUGUAAAAGCUUUUGUGAUCUGAUUUCAUGCAGAUGCUUUUUUGUGAUCUGAGUGAUGCAGAUGCUUAUUCAUCUGCAGUUACAGCUAAAUGAGUGAUCUGAGUAUAUAAGAGCUUGCACAUGAAUUUUAUAUUCUGGGGUUUGAAUUGAGAACAGAGAAUCAUGAAGUAGAGCUAAAAUGGCAUUAUGGUCUAGAGAAUUUGUUUCAUAACCUUUUUGCAUUUGAAAUAUAAGGGAUUUUAUUUAUUUUUUUCUACUCUAUUAAAAUAAUACACUCAUCCUUUAAUUAGAUGAUAUUGCUCAUGUAUCAGUGUUAGUUUAUUUUGAAAAUUUAGAUAUAUUUAUUGUUUGAAUAAUGAAAAAAGACUUCAUGAAGGUCUAACAGUACCUGUAACAUGAAGGUCAAAGCCUGAAGUCCAGUCUGUAAAGAAUGGAAGUUAUAUAAACUUUAAGAAAUUGUGAUACCCUUGCAUUUUCAUACUCUUGUUGGUAACUUUUGAAAGUCGUUGAUUUCAUUUAAAAUGAAAGUGCUCAUUUUGAACAUUGAGGAAAGAUUGUAUUUUAUUAACUAGUUGCAGGGAUUUUUUUUCAUAGAUCUGUGAUAUUUGUUUUGUAUUGAUAUACUGUGAAAUUAAGAUUGUUUGUUUAAGCCAUUAACUGUCCAGUCUUGUCUUAAACUAAUGGAAGAUUGGGCAUGCUCACUUGUGACAGAAUUAAUGCACAGAAGGGCAGCUGAGGUCUACUUUAAAUUGCCAAGUAUAUACAGUAAACAGAUAAAUUACCAUGAUUAGAAAAGAUAGAAUAAUGAAAUACCUGAGAUACAUUGUUAAAUGUAGCUUACAGUUCACACAUGCACAUUUCAAUAUUUAAUGCUAAAAACAUGAUAAGAGGGUUUUUUUGCAUUUCAAUUUUUUUCUGAUUUUACUGUAUUACUUGUUUUUUGGAAGCAGUUUUGUUUGUUUAGUCAUAUACUCUUAGGUUUGUUAGUGAAAUGCUCUUUUUAUAGUUAUGCCAGCAUGUAUAUUUAUAUAUUUCUUUUUUUAUUUAUUUUGUAUGUGUAGUCGAAGUAUUGAAAGAUUUGUAAAUGUUUAGUGACUGAGAGAACCUCACAAGUGACUUUUUGUCAAUAUAGUCCUAUAAAAAAUACCUAUAUUAAAUAGUAAACCUUUCAUAUUUUGACCUUAGACAAUUGUUUUGUUUUAUUUUUCCAACAAACAAUUAAAGGUGUUACCUCUGUAAUGUGGCCUUCUGUAGACCAAUAAUCUCUUCCUUCAACAUCAUCAAUUCCUUUAAAUGUAAGAUCUGUAUGUCUAGAGUGACCUCUUUGUCUUAUAUUUUUAUACGCAUAAAGAAAAUGACAAUAGGCCAUGAUGUCUUAUAUUUAAAAAAAAUGUGUUAUUCCUCCAAUUUUUGAGGAAAAAAAAGAAACAUUUUACUGUUCUUUGAUAACUGAUGCAUGUCCAUGUCAGCAUUACUAUCACAUGAUGAUCUACACAUCUCUAUUACAAGCAAAAUGAAGACCUGGUAAUUGUUUCAGUUCCUCUGUUACAAAAGUAAUGUCAUAUGUACCUUUAAUACUAGAAUGUUCUUACCAUAAUGUAUUUCAUAGGUAAAAUCAGUCAGAACUAUAAAUUUCGUUUUAUUUCAUAUGGUAUUUUUUAAGAAGUAUCUGACGUAAAAGUUAAAUGUUCUAAUUUUUAGCUCGACUUUUCUAUGAAAAGGGGAGCUAUCCUACUCGCCCCGGCGUCGGCGUCGGCGUCACACCUUGGUUAAGUUUUUCGUACCACCCCACUUUAUUUUAGAAGUAUUACAAGUAUGGCUUUGAAACUUACCAUACUUGUUCACCAUCAUAACCUCCAUCUACAGACAAGAGUACAUAACUCUGUCAAGGUUUUUGACAGAAUUAUGGCCCUUUUUUGACUUAGAAAGUGUAUUGAGCUUGGUUAAGUUUUUUGUACCACCUCACUUUAUUUCAAAACCAUUGGAGGUAUUGCUUUGAAACUGACCAUACUUGUUUACCAUCACGACCUUCAUCAACAGACAAGAGGACAUAACUCUGUCAAGGUUUUUGACAGAAUUAUGCCCCUUUUUGACUUAGAAAAUACAUUGAAUAUGGGUAAAAUCCAAUUAUUGCCUUAACCCUUUGAGAUAUUGCUUUGAAACUUUUAAUGCUAUUUCACAUCAUUACCCCCAUCUGUACGCAAGAGAAGGUAACUCUGUCAAGGAUUUGUUUUAAAAAUUAAGGCCUUUUAUCGACUUAGAAUCUUGGUUAAGUUUUUAGUACCAGUCCACUUUUUGACUGAACUGUUUGAGAUAUUAAUUUGAAAGUUGGAAUACUUGUUUACAAUCAUGAUUCCCAAACAUGUCCAGGAGAAGGUAAUUCUGUCAAAGAUUUUAUUUGAAUUAUGGCCCUUAACUGUCAAUGUUUUGUAUUAUAGGCAAGCACUAAAAAACUUAAAAAAUCUAAAAAAAUUCAUUCCUAUCCACUUGUUCACUUUACCAUAAAUUAUGUCAUAUAAACAUUGCUGUAAUAUUCAAGGGUAUCAAACAACUAGUUAUUUUUCUCUUUUUGUACUUGAAAUAGAUUUCUUGAAAAAUUAUGUUAUUAUGUCAUUUACCAAGGUGUUCUGAGUGACGUAAAAAUACCUUAUUCUCUCAAAGUGGGUUUAAUACUAUUAAAUUUAUUUAAGGCUCAACUCAGUUUUUUUUUCUUUCUUACCAGCCCUCUUUUGACUUAAACAUUUCAAACUUUGCUGCAGUGUUCAAGGGUAUCACACAAUUCAGUAAAAUAAUUCUUCACUAAAUAUCUUAAUGCUCAUGGCCAUUGUUCACUUUAAAAAUACAGAGAUUCUUGUAUUGCCUUUUACUGCAAAAACUUUUUUUAUUGGCAAGCAAUAAAAAAGUCGAGCGCGCUGUCUUACGGACAGCUCUUGUUAUACUGUGCAUUUUCUUGAAUAAAUUUAUGCAACGGUUAAACAUUUAGUUUAUGAUAUAAAAACUUAAAACGUGAACUUAUUGUUUACAAGGGUAAGUGUACUUAUGAAUGAUUGUUUUAUACAUAUAUAUUUGUAGUUGUAAUAGUGUAAGAUAAUGAAGGAGGAAACUAAAUUAUAAUUUAUUAUAUGUAGCAGUUAGACUUGUGCUAAAUGUACAAACAAGCAAACUGAAAGAUUUUUUCUUUUAAAUUGUAAAGAAAAUAAAGAAAAAUAAAUGCUAACAACGAU